ACAGCCACACUUCAAGCACCGCAGCCAAGCUUAAACAUUUAGCCAUAAAGUAUUCUUCUGGUCCAAGAGCUGUUUGAAGUACCGGUACUACUAACAAUUAACCAUGAUCAUGUUUAGGUACAGAUGACACAUUUGAUCAUGGUUGAUGGGAUGAACAUGCUACAAAGCUAAGUAGAGUUUGAUGGAUGAGUUUAGGAUUAUGGUCUAGUGGAUAGUCGUGGACAGAGUAAGCGCAGGAGAAGGUUAAAGGAGCACUUCUGGUUCAUAGAGUAGAGCUAUGGUAAGGAGAAGUUUUUUAAAAAGUGUGCUUCUACUGGUCCUCAACAUCCUCACAAAAUGUGUCUGGCUGUUGCCUUCCCCAAGGGAUGUCACAAUCAAGUCAAUAAACAUGCGGCAUGUGCUUAAAUGGCGCCCCCCACAGUCCAUCUGUAGCACAACUAUGUACAAUGUACAAUUUCAAGGAGAGUUUGAGCUGAGUUUCUUGAAUGGAAGCUGGGAAGAUGUGCCUGAAUGCCAGAAAAUAACCCAAAAUGAAUGUGAUCUGACCUUUGACCUCAGCUCAGACUCUGACUACAACGUCCGUGUACGGGCGGAGUGCAAUAACAGAGUCUCACCAUGGUCAGAGCUCCACAAACCAUUUAACCGGAGAGACACAGUCCUGACUGUUCCUGAUAUGACUGUGACAGCAAUGGGACAUUCCCUAAUGGUGACAUUCCAAAACCUGUCACUUACUGGGGGAGUCAUAGUGACAGAGUGGAAGACAGGAGAGGAACUCAGGACUAAAACACAUGUCAUUCCGGUGGACCAGAACUACCUCCACAUCACCUCCCUACAGGAGGGGGCGGAAUACUGUGUCAAGGCCCACACACACCUGGACUCCCACAGCAGGAGCAGCAGCAGCACUGACACACAGUGUGCCACCAUCACAGGUCAUACUGCACCUUGGCUGAAGCCUACUACUGCUAUUGCUGCAGUGAUAUUGGUAUGCCUGUUAUUUGCUCUGUUUGGGUCAGUGGUCCAUUGCAAUCCAGAGGACUGUCAAGCCUAUUUCCACAAAGAACCCAUGCCUGCCUCACUGAGGAUGGAUCUAUCAAUCACAAUAUCAAAGCUCCAACUACCAAAGGAAGAGCUUAGUGAGUCGAUCCAUUCAUUUCUGCCGAUUGACCGACAUACUUAACCAACUGAAAAGGUGGAAAGAAAAUUAGUGAGGAAGAAUGACACUUACAAACCAGAAGAGAGGACACUGGUAAAUGCGGUUUCAUUGUUACAGUACUGAAGAACUUGGUGGAAUCUACAGUUUCGUUACAACCACAGAAUGUUAGGAGAAUGUGAUGACAAAUGACACAUUAAAUAUAUGCAAAUAAGAUUAUUUUUUUUACUAGGAUUGAAUGUCAGGAAUAGUGUAAAACUUAGUUGAAUGUAUUUGGCCAAGGUGUAUGCCAACAACUUCAACUGUAGACAUUGCAUUGUAAUUGAUUGCAUACAUCUUGGGGGGGCGGGAGAUUUGACUAAAAUAAUACAAGUCUGCUCAAUACCACAAAUAAAGGUGUAUUUGGUGUAGUAUUUCAUGCAUGUUUUAUGUUUUGGAGGAUAAUGUCCUCCAAUUUAUAUUCAUGUUUCUCCUGUAUCCAUCUGAACUGCAAUACAAGAGAUUGUUUCAUACAAGAAUGUGAAUCCUUAAGCCAGUCUAAUUCACUGUAUCUUUUAGUUUCAUUGCUUCCAGAGAACAUAGAACAGGGGAUGUGGAAAGAUUGCACCAUUUGGGUUCUUAGGGCACCCGUCUCAAUCUAAGCAUGUUUAGGCCCACUAAUCAACUGCUACUUUUAAAGCAGAAUUAAGAUUCUUCAUCUGUUGCUCUCCCUCUCCAUCUACUAUGACCACCCACAUCAUGUGACCAGAGGCUGGAGGUCACAUGAUGUGAAGACUUUCCCCUAAAUCAGCCCUGCAUAAUGUUGAAUUGAAGGUCAUUUAC